AAGAGACACAGGAAGAGACACAGGAAGAGACACAGGAACACACACAGGAAGAGACACAGGAACACACACAGGACGAGACACAGGGAAUUAUAACACCAGUAUGGAGGGAUGAUGACCUGGCUAGCAGCUCAACAUCAUUCAGGCUGAAGGUGACUAUCGGGUUUGAAUCCAUGACUCCAUGAUGAAUACACAUGUAGUUAUGAGAGACGGGCGAGUGCUGUCAAGAGCUGAGUUCUUGUCAUUGCUGAACACGUACAACUGUUUUCUGAAAGACAAGACCCAGCAGCAUCUUGUCUUCUAUGAGAGAGAUGGAGAGGUGGUGUUUGAGGGAUUCCUGAAUAUCUCCUGGGGAGUACGGCAGCCCAUCAGGCUCAAAAUACAGGAUGACAAACAACAACCGAUCACCAGCCUACUGUCACCUGACCCAGUCAGUCCAGUCAGUCCUCAUGGACGCAAGAGGGGGAUGACACGAUGGGAGUUUGAAGACCUCCAUCAGAUCAAUGAGACAGAGGAGACCAACAAGCAGCAUCCUGCAGAGGAGACCAGCAAUCACACUACAGGGAGCUACAGGAGUUAUGAAAGCUGUACGCUGCGUCCCACCCCCACAAAGCAGAAGACGGAGGUGGAGGAGGAGCAGUCCAACCUGAUCCGCUGUAUGAGUGAUGCUUCCUUGGUGAAGAGGAGGGUGAAGAGGAGUCCCUCACAGAGAGAGAGGAACAGGCAACACUGCUUCUCCAUCAACGGACACUUCUAUAACUACAAGACUUCCAUAUUCACUCCAACCUACGGAACAUCCACUAACGUCCGUAUCAACAGCAAAAUGACAACACAUCAGGUCAUAUCACAGCUCCUUCAGAAAUUCAAGAUAGAAAAUGAUCCUAAUGAGUUUGCCCUCUACUGUGUCCAUCAAAGUGGAGAGAAGAAGAAGCUGUCUGACUCAGAUCUGCCGCUGUGGGAGAGGCUUGUUCAGGGCCCAGCAGAGAACAUCAUGAAGAUGUUCCUCAUGGACAGAGAUGAAGAGGAAGUGAGCAACGAUGUGGCCCAGUACCUUAACCUGGAGCUGCCCAUCCUGGAGGGGGUUCUAGUGAAGCUGGAGGAAGAGGAGAACAGAGCGGUGCAGAGAAUCACCACCAAGUACAACCAGCUGCAAAUAGUCUUGUCUCAGCUUCUCAGCUCCAAGAUCACCAAGACCGAGACAGAGGUGUGAGGAGUGGACAUCUCACAGACUGGACUUCACACAACACAUACCAGAACAACAGUACACAGAAUACAUGAAGGGACAUACUGUCCAGGGAAGAGGAUGUUCAAGAUGAAACUAAUACCUGUGUCCCAAAUGGCACCCUAUUCCCUAUAUAGUACACUACUUUAGACCAGGGCCUAUUCCCUAUAUAGUGCACUACUUUAGACCAGAGCCCUAUUCCCUAUAUAGUACACUACUUUAGACCAGAGCCCUAUUCCCUACAUAGUGCACUACUUUAGACCAGAGCCCUAUUCCCUACAUAGUGCACUACCUUAGACCAGAGCCCUAUUCCCUA